AGAGAGAGAGAGAGAAGGAGGGGGGGUAGAAAGGGCGUCUUUUAAAUCGUACAUAUUCGUACGUUUUAUUGAAACAACGCAAUAUAUCCGUACAGCGAUUGUGUAAUGUAUAAAUCUCAGACGUGUUCACGGAUGGUAGCCGAUUUAUAUCGCGCCACCAGACCACGUGGUGUAGAUAUUUGAAUUUGUAUUUUCGCUAUUAAAUGGAAUCUCUGUGAAUCAUCGUAUACAACGGCGGCUGGACGGGAUCGGGCGGUUGAAAUUGAUCUCAAGCCGGGCAACACACCCGAGAGAGACAUCGCAGCGGAACUCGACUAUAAGAAUAACUGCUUCUUGAUAGUCGCGGUUACGAUAGGACGCUACACGUUUGAUUCGUCCCGUUCGCCCGCCGUGAUUACACUUUGUUUGUUUCUGACUGUGAGUAGCGAUGUGCUGUCUAGAAAUUAUAUAUUUCACGAGUAACGAGGAAGGUUAGCGGCGCUAGAUCCUAAGGCAACGAUAUCUGUCGCGAUAUCUAUCUGUGUAUCGAUUAGCUGUGUACUAGCGGUGAUGUACUGUUCGCGCGAGAGCGUAGUUUCUGUUUUACGAGUCAGCUCGGCCGCCCGUGAUUGUGCAGGUGGGUUGAAUCGGGGGCGCAAUCGGACAUCUGCUCGUUUACAUAUGAUAAGACUAGUUAUAUGCUAUGCUCAAGCGAUGAGUCCAAAGAACAGAACAAAUUGGAAUAUAAUUGAAAGAGAGAGAGAGAGAGAGAGAGAAAGAGAGAGAGAGAGAGAGAGAAAGAUUUCUUAUCUCUUGCAGAUAAAGACCGAUUUGUAUACCAGUGAUUCGAAUGCCUUUUUGAUCUGAAUAUCCCAUAAAUGAAGCAGGAGAUAUCAUUGCUUGCAAUUAGCAAAUUCACUCUGGUUUUAAUAUUUUUUUAUGAUUAUUCUAUUUCUAAUUUCUAAACUCUUUUCCUAAGUUCCAAAAGUUCGUCAUCCUAUUUCAAUGUUUCACAUGACAAUGCGCUGAGGAAAAACCGAGUCGAUGCAUGAUGCUGUCGUUCGUAAUAGGAAGAUCAAAGGGGUGUUGAUCUUCCGCGGGGUCCGAUUGCUCGCCCAUCAUUUUCGCCCACCACUCUGAUGUUAGGUGAAACAAACUGGAUAUCAUUAAUUCGUCGUUGUUUAAAAAGACGGUUGUCCGACGGCACGUGGAGGCCGGAGAAUCCACGGCGAUUCUACGUGAUCGCCGGCACGACUAACGUGUUCUUACCAAGCUGGGGUUCCAUGCAGAUGGAAUUGAUAGACAAGACAUUGCCGCACGCGAAGUUUCGAUUCUUGGACUUGCAACACGAUAUUGGAUUGUUCAGGCUGAGGAGGCCCCUUCGUACGAACGCGUACGUUCAAUACGCCCUGCUGCCACCGGAAUACAUCGCGAACUUGCUGCAAACCUACAUGAAGCAAUGCAUCGCGGUUGGAUGGGGUCGACACAUACCUGAUUCAAAUAGGGGAAGCGGUACAUAUUUACGGCAUGUUCAGAUGCCCCUGAUCUCAGCUGUCGAGUGUCCAAUGCCGAAUGUACACAAGGAAGCGCAAAUAUGUACCGGUCUGCAGGAAGGCGGUCGCGAUGUCUGCUUGGGCGACAGCGGUGGACCAUUGAUCUGUAAUGGAACGCAGGUGGGCAUUGUUUCCUGGGGCAAUCCCACGGGAUGCGCUCUUCCGAAUUCAGCGAGUGUUUACUCCCGCGUGGAUUUUUACCUGGAUUGGUUGAACUGCACUAUUCAACGAAACGGAGUCUCGGAAUGUUCAUUUCGACCCGUGACUUCGAUCGCCUUCGCGUUUUAUUGGCUAUACUUGUUCUUAAUAUGCUAA